UGUGUUAGCCCCUCUUGUACCAGUAUUCCAGCGCACCGUGCGACGGAUUCGCAUCGGUCGGACGUCAAACGCCUAGUGAUUGCCGGAAGAUACCACUAUACCAGCCUCUUGCUUCUUUAUCCACACCACACCACACCACCCAUCAAUUGUUCAGUCGCAUCAGCGAUUCUAGGUCCGGAAGCAACGACGAGAUGGCCGCAGCGGAGACCUCGGGCAAGGCGGUAGGAGCGCCGGGGAGAUGGUCAUUCCACGGCAAGACGGCCCUGGUCACCGGCGGGACCCGCGGCAUCGGGCGGGCGGUGGUGGAGGAGCUGGCGGCGCUGGGGGCGGCCGUGCACACGUGCUCCCGCAAGGAGGCGGAGCUAGGCGAGCGCCUCAAGGAGUGGGAAGCCAAGGGCUUCCGCGUCACGGGCUCCGUCUGCGACGUGUCCGUGAGAGAGCAGCGCGAGAGCCUGCUCCGCGACGUCGCCGGCCGCUUUGGCAGCAAGCUCAACAUCCUCGUAAACAAUGUGGGAACAAACUUUACGAAACCAACCACUGAAUAUUCAGGAGACGAAUAUUCAUUUAUAAUGGCCACUAAUCUUGAGUCUGCAUAUCAUCUUUGCCAACUUGCACACCCUCUUCUCAAAGCAUCUGGGUCGGGCAGUAUCGUCUUGAUAUCGUCAGUCUCUGGAGUGGUGGGGGUAUCUAGUGGCUCCAUUUAUGGUGCCAUGAACCAGCUGGCCAAGAACCUAGGAUGUGAAUGGGCAAAGGACAACAUAAGAACCAACUCUGUUGCACCUUGGUACAUCAAAACCUCCCUUGUGGAGAAGGAUUUGGCAAAACAGGAAUUCGUGGAUAACCUCGUGCGUCGAACUCCGCUGCGGCGCGUGGGUGAACCAGAGGAAGUCUCGUCGUUGGUUGCGUUUCUUUGUAUGCCCGGUUCGUCUUACAUCAACGGGCAGACGAUCUCGGUUGACGGUGGCAUGACCGUCAAUGGGUUUUAUCCAACUCAGGCCUAGACGAAUAAAGCUACUCGGUGUUCAGAAUGAGCAGAACAAGCGGUAUAUAUGUACGCUAGCUACUUGUUCAAAAGAUAACGCCCUUUGGGUGGUGUCAUGCUGCUAGAUAGAUGACCACAGCAAUGCACAAGCCACAGCAAUGCAGCCUUGUGCCAUAACCGUUAGAGGUGCCUCCUUGUCAUGGGCAAGAUAUGUGUGAUGCCCAGAGGUACGGUUCACGCGCAGGGAUUACUAUUCACGUGCAUGAACAGUGACGGUGGUACUGUAGCACGAGCUUAGUAGAUGUUAUAGUCGGAGAUGGAAGAUUGUCAUUUAAUUUGGAGAUAAGUUUGGUAUGAGUUGGAUU